AAACACGGCGAGGACUGGUGAACUGCGCAAGGUGCAGGAGACUCAUCCGGAGCUAAACGAGAUUAGAAAAAAAAACUUUUAAGAACAAUUAAGACAAUGCACGCUUUUAAUUAAUCUCCCAAGGCACAGCAAGGACGAUGUUGACUUUACCAUUUGAGGAGCCCGUGAUGAUGGAGUCUCAGUUCAUGGCAAACUUUUCUCGGGACUGCGAUGGCAAUAUGAAGGUCGCCAAACCAGACCCCUUUAAAGAAGACGACAACAUUUCUCAAACCGAUAUCAGAGGGCUGGAGGACGAAGAAUCGGAGAGAGACGACGAUGACCGUGAUGACGGUCAAGAUGAGAAUGGUUUGCCAAGGAGACGCGGACCGCGGAAAAAGAAGAUGACCAAAACGCGUUUUGACAGAGUUAAACUUCGCCGCAUGGAGGCCAACGCAAGGGAGCGGAGCAGGAUGCAUGGCCUAAACAAUGCGCUAGACAGCCUACGGAAGGUGGUGCCCUGCUACUCAAAAACACAGAAACUAUCCAAGAUAGAGACCCUGCGUCUUGCCAAAAACUACAUCUGGGCUUUGUCCGAGAUCCUAAACACCGGUAAGCGACCUGACCUGCUGACCUUUGUUCAGACACUCUGCAAAGGUCUGUCGCAGCCCACCACCAAUCUAGUAGCUGGCUGUCUCCAGCUGAACGCCAGGAAUUUCAUUACUGAUCACAACGGGGAAGCGUCCUUCUCUGGCAGGUCCCCGUACGACUCCAUGUACCCACCUUACCACAGUCCGGAUGUCGUUGCGGCCUCCGGCCACGUCGGCAGCACGGUGGACAGCGUGAAACCCUUUCGGCCCUACAGUUAUUGCAGCGCUUAUGAAUCGUUCUACGAGAGCACCUCUCCAGAAUGUGCCAGUCCCCAAUUCGAUGGUCCACUGAGCCCUCCUAUUAACUUUAAUGGGAUUUUCUCCCUUAAGCAGGAAGACCCGGCUGAUUAUGGCAAGAGCUGCCACUACGGAAUGCGUUACUGCUCUGUGCCAGCGCGUGGUACCUCCGGCCAGAAUACGCUGUCAAGAGGCUCCUCCGACAUUCAUUUCCCCUAUGACAUUCAUCUCCGCGGCCAGUUUUAUCCUGUGCAAGAUGAAUUAAACACGACUUUUCAUAAUUAAUGAGAGAAAGUCAAACGUGAGCGUCCUUUUUUGCCGGGUAAUUAGCCUACUGAAAAUAAAAGACUUAACACACAUGUAUUAUUUACAUGCAUUCUGCUUUUUAGAUGGGGAUUUGGUUGUUGGCCAUCUGAUGAUUUAUUAUUUAUUUAUUUAUUUAUUUUAAUUGAAUGGACAAUUUCGUCAGAGCAAACAGAGUUCGUCGUGGAAUCGUUUUGUAGAAAAUCAGCGAAUCUGUUUUGUUUUCAAACUGAAAAUUAACAAAUCAAUUGGUCCAUGUGCAGUAUUGGUAUUAUGACUUAUAAUCACAGAACUUACAGACUUACACAGAAAACCACAGAGAACGUGUUGUAUAAAAUCAUUUUGUAUAACAUUUGUACAGUGUAUCAUCAAAGAAUUGCUGUAUUGCGAUAAUGUGUUUUACAGUCGAAUGCAAUCAUGAUCUAAUUCAUUUUUCUUGGGUAUGUUCAACAGUAAAUAAGGCAGCAAUAAAGGCAAGAUGAGCUAUGCAAUUAAGAUCCAACUCUUGCAAUUCCGAACAAUCAAAAUUGAAGUGAUUUAAGAAGUUAGUUAUGACAGAAUGGACUUGGCUAAGACUGUCUUAUUGAUUUGAAGUGUCAACACCUUACAUGUCAAAUGAAUUAACUUAAGAUUGCCAUUUGUGUAUUGAGUAGCCUAUUUAUAGAGAAUCUGCUAACUUUAUUUGCCAAUUUAUUUGUGUAUUUAUUUGUUUAUUUAUUUAGGCUAUUUAUGGGACGACUUUAAUGUUAAUGUAUGCGUGCUCUCUGGAGACUCCUUAGCCUAUGAGUUUUCUCAGAUGGAGAUGUUCAACUGCCUAACUGAACGAAAUAAUAAAACGAAUGCAUUAUGAAAAACAUCUACAAAUGUCCAUAUGUCAAUGAAAUAAUGUACUUGUCAAGCCCUGGUAUAUUAACAUAUUUGCCUAAAUGUAGGAAACUUGCUAUGUUCUGCUAUUUUGAGAAUACACUGGCAAACAAACAUUAACCCCGUAUAGAGCAUUUAUAUCGGACAACCAAUUAUUAAAAUGCUAUUUCAAACGUUUUGAUAACGCCCUGUGUUGUGUCAAUGUAAAAAUCAACAUGUGCAAUUAAAAUGUAUGAUAUCAAGAAACACAACUAUCAUAGGCAAAAUUAUGGAAGCUCGUGCAAAUACCUUGCUUUGCAAAUGUACUGGAUUUGACUGUUGGAAUUAUUUGCAGCUGUUUCCCAACAGGUACAUUUAUUAAGAGGCAAAAGCAUGUAUUCCGUUUAAAAUAUUUGUUUUAAAUACAACAGCUCUAUACAAAUGUCUUACCAUUGUAUAGCAUACCAUAGAUAUUAUUUGCCUUAUAUUAUAUGGCAAUCAUCAGAUAUGCAAUGUUAUGGAUGUCAACAAUGGUGGAUUCGUGAAACAAUCUGUGUCUUUCUUCUAAAAUCUUAUAAUGAAGUGUUUUCACGUGAAAAUCAUUGCAACGUGCACUAAACUGGUUUUGUGCAGAUUUGUACACUGU